AUGCUGUGUCAAAGGAGAGCUCACACCUUGACAGUGUUAUUCAUCCUCACUUGUGCACUGGUAUAUGUUACUCUGUUGGAAGAAACGCCACAGGAUACAGCAUAUAAUAUUAAGAGAGGCAUUGUUGCCAGCAUUCUUGUAUUCCUUUGUUUUGGAGUCACUCAAGCAAAAGAUGGGCCAUUUUCCAGACCUCAUCCAGCGUACUGGAGGUUCUGGUUAUGUGUCAGUGUUGUGUACGAGCUGUUCCUUAUCUUCAUACUUUUUCAGACUGUUCAGGAUGGUCGUCAAUUCAUGAAGUUUAUAGAUCCUAAACUUGGUGUCCCCUUACCAGAGAGGGACUAUGGCGGGAACUGCCUUAUCUUUGAUCCAGGAAAUAAGACUGACCCAUAUCACAACAUCUGGGAUAAAUUGGAUGGAUUUGUCCCAGCCCACUUCCUGGGCUGGUACCUUAAGACACUAAUGAUUCGAGACUGGUGGAUGUGUAUGAUAAUUAGUGUGAUGUUUGAGUUCCUGGAGUACAGUCUGGAGCAUCAGUUACCUAAUUUCAGUGAAUGUUGGUGGGAUCAUUGGAUAAUGGAUGUCUUUCUGUGUAAUGGAUUUGGAAUCUAUUGUGCAAUGAAGACACUGGAAUGGCUUUCAAUGAAACCGUAUCAUUGGCAAGGACUCUGGAACAUUCACUCUUACAAAGGGAAAAUCAAGCGCAUUGCUUUCCAAUUCACGCCAUACAGCUGGGUGAAGUUUGAGUGGAAACCAGCCUCAAAUCUUCGUAGGUGGCUGGCAGUUUGUGGAAUUAUUUUCAUGUUUUUGCUUGCGGAAUUAAAUACGUUUUACUUGAAGUUUGUCCUCUGGAUGCCCCCUGAACACUACCUGGUCUUACUACGUCUGGUUUUCUUUGUGCAUGUAGGAGGUGUAGCAAUGCGUGAGAUUUAUGACUUCAUGGAUGACUUGAAAUUCCAUAAAAAGCUUGGCCAGCAGGCUUGGUUGGUAGCUGCAAUCACGGUGACAGAAUUCCUAAUUGUGCUGAAGUAUGACCCUUAUACACUUACACUACCGAUUCCUUUUUACGUCAUCCAGUGUUGGAUCCUUGGAUUUAUACUGGUCCUGACAUGGACAAUAUGGCGUUUCUUUAUACGGAACAUCACAUUGCGAUGGAAGGAAACAAGACUGCAAAAGCAGGAAAGCAUGAGUGAAAAAAGAAAAAUGGGCAAUGGGAGUACAAGUCUCUUUAUAAAAAGCAAAUAUAACAGUAAUGAUGUCAGACAAAGGAAAUGUUGAAAGCUACAAAGUGAAAAGACUGACUACUAUGCACCGAGUCAAUGCUUUGAGCACCAACUGCAUUGCAAGAGCCUUGUUUCUUCAUUGGGCUUACCGGUGCUGCUUCAGUUUUUGACUGAAGUAUAUAUUUUAAAGCAAUCUUAAUAACAUUCAUUGGGUGUUUAGUUUAUGUAUAGACUUUGCAGCACUAACAAAAUUAUCAUAAUUUCAUGAAUUAAAUCUUGCAAUGUAAUCUUGCAAUUUGAUCAAAGUUUCUGACGCCAUUUGCCAACUUGUGGUUGUCUGGGUUGGUUCUAAACACCCAAAGUUUAAAUAAGCUCUCAAACAGCAUGCUAACAUAGAUUAUGAACUAAUUACUAACUUGGGAAUCUCCUGCCAAGGAUUUAUCUUAUUCCUUUAAGGGAAUUUUGAAGUGGCUAGCACUGUUGAAUCAAGGAGACCGUUCAGGCUUCAAUGCCUCAUAUAGAAAUGUAAAAGUGCAGAAAGAAUUGGUGAAUUGCCACUCUAAACGUGACUACUUUAUUGUGCUUAGCAACUGGUGUAGUAUUGAAUGUUGCUGGUUACAUCUAGUUGUAGAAUUACACUGAAACACCAACCUUUUAUUAUUUUUGGUACAGGCAUCUAGCCUCGAAUCCAUAAGUGUCAUUUGGAUACCUUGGCUGUAUUAGCACUGCUGGUCAGUGUUUUGUUAGAAAAGUUCUUCCUUAUAAUACAUACUACAUUGAGAAUUUUGGCAGUUUUUAUUUUAGAUCUGGAAAAAAGUUUUGCUUCAUGAAAUUACAAUAUUUGAAUCCUUCAGCAAUAGUGAUCUUGGUUUUGAACUCUUAAAGCCAUAAAUAACUGUCAAUUUUCACUCAGAAAUAGGAAAUCACUGUUUUUAUACUUGGGGCUAAUUUAUAAAACAAUAGUGUUACUUGAAUUUUUUUUCUUGUAUGCUUAAUUAUGCCAAUUUUUAAGCUCGUAAUUUUGACUUUGUCUGUUGGGUACAAGAUAGGGUGAGUUUAGUUCUUUGAACAAAGCAAAAAAAAUGUACAGUACUAAAUGUUGAGAUUUAAAUAAUUAUAUUGUAACUAGGAUGCUAUUCUGUGUUCAAAAUAUUGCUGUUUUUUGUCAAUGUAAAUCUUAUUUGGUAUUAUAAGCUAAGAUGCCUUGUAAGGGUAAAAAAAACUAUAUCAUGAAGAAGUUUGGGGCAUGUUUGUUUUUGAGCAGUGCUGUUGCGCUCAAGAGUCUGUGACCUGAGUACAGACAAGCUGCUGAUGUUGUAUGUUAUAACCAUGGUGAUCCAGUUGAUUCUGACAUGAAAACAGAAUAGGUCCCCAAAUUUCACGAAGGAUACCAAGGGUAAUCACUCCAAAGCGCAAUAGGAAUUGAUUAUGUUUUCAUGAAAUUAUGCAUCCGGUUUAAACCACAACAUCCAGAUCAUUUUGCCACAAGUGAGCACUUUGUGUAAAAAUAAUAUCAGGGUGUUAGUUUGCUAAAUUUUGUCUUGAACAUUUUUCCUCCAAAUAAAUCUGAUCCUAACAUAGAGCAUUAUAUUUCCCUCUUGGAAAGAAUCUAUCUCCUUUCAGUCUCUCCUGUCUUUCUUCUUCCACUACCUAUACCUCAAGCACAACCUUAUUUUAAUGUUAGAAGCCAUCUUUGCUCAUCCCAUGGCUGAAAAGUAUUCUUGUCCUGAAGAAUCGUCCACACCUUCGUAAUGUAAAAACAAACUCUGUCCUUAAUUGCUGUACUCUGCCUUGAUGUAAGCUAAACUGCUUCUGGUCUGGUCAUAGCAACUCUUCCCUCAACCCCAAUUCAAGGCUGGAACUGUCCAACAAAUUCCUAAUAAGUAGCAGUGUGCUGCUGAUAGAAAUACUGCUGUAAGCUUAGCCUGUGAAGUAUUUCCCUCCUUGUCAUGCUGUAAGGUUAAUUGCCAUUAACGUAUUGUUCACCACACCGUGCUGUCUAAAUUAGCCUGUCUUUGAGGUACUGAUCACCUCACUAUGCUGUAAAGUUAGCCUUCUCCUGAGAUGUUACACAUUCCACCCUACUGCAUAGUUCGCCUAGUUCACCUCACUGUGCUGUAAAGUUCGUCUAUCCCUGAGGUAUUGUAUGCCUCACUGUGCUGUAAAGUUAGCCUGUCCCUGAGGUAUUGUACACCUCACUGUGCUGUAAAGUUAGCCUGUCCUUGAGGUAUUGUACACGUCACUGUACUGUAAAGUUAGCCUGUUCCUGAGGUAUUACAUAUCUCACCCUGCUGUAAAGUUAGCCUGUCAGCGAGGUCUUAUAACCUUGCCCCUCUGUACAUUUAGCCUGUACCUGAGGUAUUGUGUACCUCACUGCUGUAAAGUUAGCCUGUCCCCGAAGUACUGCACUCCACAUUCUGCUAUAUAGUUAUCCUGUUCCUGGGGUAUUGUGCACCUCACUUUGCUGUAAGUUUAGCCUGUUGAUGAGGCUAUUUUGCUUUUAUAUUCAUUGGAAUGUGCUAGUAGAAUCUGAAUGUAACCAGCAUCAGUUCCCAAUUCUCAGGAAAUCCACUUGUUUUGUUUUUCUAAGCUUUUGUGAUUGUAUUUUCAUAAUGGCUGAUUUGUGAGUGAGCUUGGAUUUACUAUGUGCAGGAAAUUUUAGAUUACAGUCUGUUAACGUGAUUUAUGUUUACAUUAACUCUGAGCGCUGAACAUUUCUAAUUGGAAAAUCUGUUGGGUUUGGAUGAAUUACUAACAGUGCCCAUUAUCAACCUAGGUUUGAGAAAUUUGCAAAUUUACCUUCGUAGCAGUAAGUAUAUCUUGAUGACUUCUAAGUGACCUCUGCGUCCUUCAAAGAGCUGAUGUAUUUCUGGAGGUUGGAAUUUAAGGAAAUCAUUUUUAUUGGGGUGGGGUGUGAUUAGAAAUAGUUGGGACCAUUCUUUCAGAUAUAUAGUGAUAGAAUGCUUGGAGAUGGUUGAAAUUGAGCGAGUUGUGAAGGGUGAAAUAGGCUUAAUUUACUUAUUUGGGACUGAACAUAUGUUGUAUUGAAGUUUUCUUGUUAUUGAGAAUAAUAAUUCAUUCCAGAAGAGAGAUAUUCAGAUUAGUGUUCAAAGUCAGAACACUUUGAUUUUCUGUUAUGUUAAAAAACAUUAGGAAUGCAUUUAGAAUGUGUUCUUGAGUGAGAAGAGACCAGUGUCCUGGAAUCACUGGUUGUCAAUUAGAUAUUUGCUUCAGCACAGUUUACUGAAAUUAUGGGUAUUGGGUGGAUAAAACACCCAGUGCAGUGCUUGCACGCUGUCUUUGUUCUGAUCCUCUGGAACACUUCUGUCUCCAGUAACCAACAGAUGUAUGCAAUUAUGUACAUUUAUGUACAGUGCUAUUAUCAAAGGAUUAACAACCUGCUCUGCCGAGCCAUAUUAGUAAUUAAAGCAAUACUGAACAUAAUGUGCAUGCCAGGGGAUUCAAACAUUGCCAGGGGUUGGACAAAGUGCCUAAAGUUAGCCACUAGCCCUCUCUUCUUGGCAGUUAAAACAUAACUUUCAAUUCUACUAAUGGUACGUGAAUACAUCUCAACCAUUCACUAAACUUUACAAUAUGAUAGAUUGAUUUGUAUUGUAACUGUAAAAAUCUUCUAAAGGAUUUUAUUUGAGGUGCAAGGAAAGAAUCUUAGCCCUUGCUUUAUUGUCAUUGUUUAUACAAAUCUGUAACAUCAUUAUUACCUAAUAUAAUCUUUUGUAAUGUGGAUAAUUUUAUGAUUUAUUUUUGCAUAGUGAUGCUCAUCUUGACCAGGCAUGUUUUUGAGGAAUUGAUUGUGGCAAUAUGUUCUCAAUAAACUGGAAAACACAA